CUAAGGCUGCAUCACUGCGGUGCCGGAAAGUGCGGCGAAUGAAAUUUGUUUUUGUUUACUUGUGGUAAAAAAAACCUUUAAAAACCUUUAAAAAUAAAUUUAAAAAUGGCUGGCGAGGUUAUUGUGGAUGCUUUACCCUAUAUAGAUCACGGCUACGACGAUGUGGGCGUCAGGGAAUCGGCCCUCGCCAUGGUGGAGGAGGAGUGUCGGCGAUAUCGGCCCACGAAGAACUAUCUGGACCACCUGCCUUUGCCCGCCACCUCGCCCUUCGAGACACCGCUGAUGGUCAACGAGUUCGAGCGCAUCCAGAACCGCCUGCCCAUGGAGACGCUCUCCAUGAAGCGCUACGAACUGCCCCCGCCGCCAUCCGGCAAGCUGUCCGAGGUGUCCGCCUGGCAGGAGGCCAUCGAGAAUUCAAUGGCCCAGCUGGAGCACCAGUGGGUGCGAUCCCUCAAUCUGGAGCUGAUGCUCGACUACGGCACGGAGGCUUGGAAGUCCUACCUAGAGGUCUUCACCGCCAUGCAGGCGAAGGCGCAGUUGCAGCUCCAGCAGCUGAAGAAGGACAUCCAGGACGUCAACUGGCAGCGAAAGCAGGCCCAGACGCAGGCUGGCGAACGAUUGCGUUCCCUGGAGGCUCACUGGGUGCUGCUGGUGUCCAAGAACUACGAGAUCGAGACAGAGUGCGUCGAGCUGGAGAAGCUGGUCCAUGCUGCCCGCCAGAAGCUGCAGAGCAUUAUUCCGCCACCCAGUGCUAAUGAAAACGCUCCCACACCGGAACACUUGAAUGGAUUUGCCAAGGACGAUCUGGCCGACAGCAAUGGCAGUUCCAGCAAUUGUACCAUCAACGAUGAUCAACAGGAUGAUGUGGAACGGGAGGGGGCAAAUGAAGAUGCUGGCAAUGAGGAGGAUAAACCUGAUGCUGAGGCCCGCGAUGAAGCUUCGGAAACAUAAAUUUAGUUUAUUCACAUUUACAAUUCUAAAUAAAUGUAUAAUCAGGAUGCUCCAGACGAAAGACUUAAAAAAAAUAAAAUUGUAUUCCAGAUUUUCAAGAAAAA